GUCAACCUCAACCAAGGACUAUCAGCGAGCUGCAGUGCUAGUUUUGAGCAGUUACCCCAACGCGAUCAUCAUCGAAAAUGUCUGGAAGAGGAAAGACCGGCGGAAAGGCCCGCGCAAAGGCUAAGACCCGCAGCUCCAGAGCCGGGCUGCAGUUCCCUGUCGGCCGCGUCCACCGUCUGCUGAGGAAGGGCAACUAUGCCCACAGAGUGGGUGCCGGAGCUCCUGUUUACAUGGCCGCCGUGCUGGAGUACCUCACCGCCGAGAUCCUGGAGUUGGCUGGCAACGCUGCGAGGGACAACAAGAAGUCUCGCAUCAUCCCCCGACAUCUCCAGCUGGCGGUUCGUAACGACGAAGAGCUGAACAAGCUGCUCGGCGGGGUGACCAUCGCCCAGGGAGGCGUGCUCCCCAACAUCCAGGCCGUCCUCCUGCCGAAGAAGACAGGCGGGCAGGCUGCGGCGCCCAGUGCCGGCAAGGCGGGGAAGAAGGCCUCGUCUCAGUCCCAGGAGUACUAGGCUGCUGCCCUGAUCCUCAAUGACUUGAUACCCCAACGGCCCUUUUAAGGGCCACCCAAUUGUUCACUGAAAGAGCUGUUUCUUUUAUUGCAUUCCUCUCGCGUUGUUCUUUACGUUUUUGCUCACAAUUUUGAAUAAACCCUUGUUUUUAA